UUAUUUAAAUGCAACACUGCCUUAGUGAAGUUAAAUCCACAUCAAGCAUAUUUCGCUAUCCAUUUUGUUUUUGUGCUGCUGCGCUACAACAAUGGCCGACAUUGUAUUUUUAUUAUUAUUAAUUUCAAUAUUUUCAUUACAAAACACUAAAGCUGCUGCCGAAAUAAGUGGUCGUCUAUUAGACGAAACACAAGAAAACUUGGAUCUGGAAAUGUCGCAUAUAAAUGAAAAAGAACAUUCACCUGUUCCACGGAAUUCAAUACAAUCACAUCCCAGGAGGCACACAAAAUCUAAACGUCGCAUGAAGAGAAGAUACAAGUGCUAUGCAUGCGAGCCACCCUGCAAAAAUGCUACACAACAUGCGCAUAUGUGCCAGAACGCAAUUCAGUGUUGGAAAUCGCGGACACGCAGUGCAUUUGGUGAAGAAAAAGUUUCACGAGGUUGCACUACUUCUCCAGAUCAACUGCCAUUAAUAUGUAACCAGAAUACACUAGGUCCUCGAAAACGCGCCGUAAUGCAUGUAAACAUUAUUUGUUGUUCCAAGGAUUACUGUAACGACGGAGAUUUUCCUGAAUUGCCUCCUAUUGUUAAUGAUGAAGUGACGCGCCUAAGUGCUGAUUUAAGCAAUACGUUCAAAAUGACCUUAGCGAUAUUAGGCCCAGUUUUCGUCAUUGGAUUGAUGGCGGCAUUAGUUUACUAUUUUAUGACCAGACAUCAUCGCAAAAGCAUAAUGGCUUCACGUAUUAAAAAUGAUCCAGAUGUUUAUUUAGUUAACGACGAAUUACUUCGAGCAACAAGUGCUGGUGAUAGUACGUUACGAGAAUAUCUUCAACAUCCAAUGACUUCAGGUUCUGGAAGUGGAUUACCGUUAUUAGUUCAACGUACUCUUGCCAAGCAAGUUACAUUAGUAGAAUGCAUUGGACGUGGAAAGUAUGGUGAAGUGUGGCGGGGACAGUGGCAUGGUGAAAAUAUAGCUGUAAAAAUAUUCCUUACUCGGGAUGAGAAGUCGUGGAAGCGAGAGACAGAAAUAUACAGUACAAUUUUACUACGUCAUGAAAAUAUUUUGGGUUAUAUUGGUUCCGACAUGACUUCACGUAAUUUUUGUACACAACUAUGGUUACUAACGCAUUAUUAUCCAAACGGUUCUCUCUUCGAUCAUCUAAAUCGGAAUGCUCUAAGUCACAAUGAUAUGGUGUUAAUAUGUUUAUCCAUUGCCAACGGCUUAGUACAUUUGCAUACAGAAAUAUUGGGAACGGAAGGAAAACCUGCUAUGGCACAUCGUGAUUUAAAGUCGAAGAAUAUACUUGUUAAAUCGGAUGGAACUUGUGUGAUAGCAGAUUUUGGAUUAGCUGUAACACACUCUCAUGUCACAGGCAAAUUAGAUUUAGGAAAUAAUCCUAAAGUCGGCACAAAACGUUACAUGUCACCUGAAGUUUUGGAUGAAAGUAUUAAUAUGCAAUGUUUUGAGGCAUUGCGCCGCACUGAUAUUUACGCACUUGGUUUAGUACUGUGGGAAGUAUGUCGCCGCACUAUUUCAGGGGGCAUUGCAGAAGAGUACAAAGUGCCUUUUUACGAUGUUGUUCCAUCGGAUCCCAGUUUUGAAGAUAUGAGAAAGGUUGUAUGCGUGGAUAAUUAUAGACCAUCCUUUCCCAAUCGUUGGGCUUCUGACCCGUUACUCGCUGGUAUGUCGAAGUUAAUGAAGGAAUGUUGGCAUCAAAAUCCUAAUGUGCGCUUACCUGCCUUGAGAAUACGAAAAACUAUACACAAACUAGCUUCCGCUGAUGAAAAGAUACGCCUUAAUUAUGAUGAAGUUUGUGUUUAGUUGUUUAGUUUAUACAAAUGAAUAUUUAGUAUUCUUAUAAUUUAAAGCAGUAGAUUUUAAAAUUAUCAUUAAUAGCAGAGUAAAAACGGUAGAUGGUAUUAAGAAAUAUAAUAUUACUUUUUUUCUUCAAACGUAUUUAAGUAUUAAAGUUAUAAUUAAGGAUUAUAUAUACAUAUAUUUAAUAAUAUUAUUUACUUUAAUGGAAUGAACGAACAGGAGCGAUUGUUUGAAAUGUAUAUAUGUGUGUGGAUUUACGUAAACUUUGCAUAGUAGUAUUAGAUAGACUAGGUAUAUUAGAUUUAAAUUUAGAUACCAAAUCAAACAAAGCACAUAAGUAUCUUCAUUUAAUUAUGCGUACAUUUUAACAAUUGCAUACAAAUGCAAAUUAAAUGAAAGACACGCUAAAGACUUAACACAGAUUUCUACACACACAUUUUGUUAUUAAUCUUUAUGUGCCUUGAAUUGCAUAGAUAUUUGAAGCCUCAUUUGCCUUAUGCUUCAACUGCUAUUUAUUUAGGCUUUAUAUUACUUUUACUCUCCUCUGGUGCCAUUCUUAUGUAUUAUUCAUAAAACUAAUAUGAAGUAUUGAAAUUUAAUCUAAAAAUCUAAAACUGCAUAGAGAAGAUGAAGGAGAAUAAUUAAAUGAAUAUAAACACGCGUGCAGCCUUUUUAUAAUUAAAUGAAUGAAAUUUUAAUUUACAUUUACAAAUAUAUACAUAUGUAUAUGCAUGACUUUUUCAACUGAUACGUCUAUAAAUAAUAGGAAGUGUAUGCUUUCGAUAAACAUACAUAUAUGUUUAGUUUUAAGAAAAUUUAUUGUACAAAAUAGUCCAUGGUUUAAAAUUAAAAUACAUUUUAGUAGAAAAAAAGUA